AUGGAAUUCCGCAGUAGCUACGGAGAAUUUAGCCCAUCUCGCGCAACACAAAAAUCUCUCGGCAUAAUCAAAGAAGAAGAGGAAGAAGAUGACGAGACCCGCCGCGAGCUGCACCCUCCUCAGCGUAACGAAGGCAGCAAAUCUCCAUCUCGAUUUAUAACUCAUUCUGAAGAUGGCCAUUCCGAAAGCGCAACAGUCGAAGAAUCCCCAGUCUCCGCUUCAUCCUCUUCAAACUCCCCAGUUUUUCGCCGUGCUAAACGGUCAAACUCUAUUAAAAACUUUGUCCCUUCUAUGGAAUUUCCAGUCCUAGUAAGAGGAAUCGACAUGGAUUCUCGAAAAACGUCAAAUUUAUCCUUCAAAGACGCAGACAUUGGCUUUCCUUUAAAAAAGCAAAAUAAUGAGAAAAAUAGGUUCAGGCCACAGAAUAAAACAGAAAUUGAAGCAAUUUCAAUACCCAGUUCAAGGAGCAUCAAAACUGAAGAAAACGUGAUAAAUUUCUUUGAAAAUGACUCUUUUGAAGAAGCUUCGGGGGAUGAAAAAGGAGCUUCUCAGCAGCUUGAAGAGUCUUAUGGGGUUAAUGAAGCGAUACCUGAGCUAUUUAAUACUGGAAAUUUGAAAAGUAUAUUUGCAAGGUCAUGCAAGCCUGAAGAAAUGGUUUUUCUUGCUCUCAAUGACCAGACUUUGCAGCUGCCAGAAAAUAAAGCUGCCUUUUGAAAUAAGCUUGGGUAUAAAGAGAAAAAGAAUGAUACGACACUUAUGGAAAUCGCGCUAAAAGAAUGGGAAAAACUAGAAAAACAGAAAAACAGCCUAUUAUCACAAAAUUUCGGCCUAAAAGCAGAAUAUGAACAUUUAUUGAAUCUCAAGAAAAAAUGCAUGGAAGACUACAGGACCAUCAGAAUGGACAUAAAAUCAGUGCUCAGCAAGAUUACUGAACAAAACGUCCAAGGAGUCCUAAGAUAUGACGAGCUAGGUGCCCAUCUUGAAGAUGAAAAAAUUACUCAAGAAGAAUUAAUGAACGAAGAAGAAAUAAUAAAACAUCACUAUUUAAUGAAGCUAGAAAGGUCAAGAGAAUACGAAGAAAUGUGAAUGAUGAAAAUCGAGGAUUUAAGAUUCGGACUGGUAAAUACUAUGAGCGAAAGAAUAAGAUCACAAGCAAAAUGCGAAAAAAAUCAAAUUUUAUUAAAAAAAUUAAAAACUGAAGAAGAAUUGCAGAGAUUUCAAAAAGAACAGAUUGAGCUGGGGCUUGAAAUGCUGGGGAAGACGCUGGAAUUUUUUUCUGAGUCACAGGAACAUGUGCAUUUUAACGUAAUUUGUAGUUAGACUGCGUUUUGUGAAGCUUUGAAGAGGCUGAGAGAAGCGAGCUUUGAGGCGAUUGAAGCUGAAAAGCAGUUUGAAAUGCAAGCAAAUACAGAUCCAAGAGAGCUCAUUCCAUAUACGAGAGUGUCAGAAACUGGGCCUUCUAAAAAAGCAAACAGAAUAUCGAUGCUUUAA